AUGGAUUCAAAGCACCAAACCAUCCUCAAGAAGCCGAUGGGAACUCUCGCCAAGAAGAAGACAAUAAAGACCUACAACAACAGCAGCAGCAGCAGCGUGUGGGCUGAUCUCCACGAAUCGCUUCUCGGCCUGAUCCUCGACCACCUUCCUCUCCCGGACCAGCUUCAAUUCAGCUUGGUCUGCCGCUCCUGGCGUGCCCUCGCCGUCACCCGUCCCGUCACCGUCCCCCUCCUAAUGCUGCCCCCCGACGACCCCGGCUCCGAAACCCGCACCUUCUACAGCCCCCUCGACGGCACUUACCACGACGUCCCCCUCCCCGGCUCCUCCAAGAAGCUCUGCCUCGCCUCCUCCCAUGGCUGGCUCCUCUUCGCCGACCCCUACUCCGACGAGCGCUUCCUCCAUCACCCCUUCUCCAAUGCCCGCAUCGACCUCCCACCGUGGCCGUUCAGUUCCAUCCCCGUCGAUGCCACUGUCGGCCUCUCCUUGCCCCCCACCGACCCCGGCUGUGUCGUCGUGUUCAUGUUCGACUCUUGCUUCGUCUACUGCACCAUCGGCGAUGCCGCGUGGUCGACCGUCGCCAUGAGCAGCCGCUGGCCCACUGUCGUCGACUGCGAUGCAGUUGCCUGCAACGGAAGACUAUAUGUCGUUAGCCCGUGUCGCCAGUUAGGCGUCGUCGACGUGUUUAAUGGCGUGCCUAGGCUGAGUUGGCUAGAUUUGGACGACAGCCGCGUGCGGCGCGUGUGGCCGGACGUCCACAAGAGAUGGUACGUCCUCGAGGCAUCGGGGACUAUUUUGCUGGUUUUCAAGGACAGCAAGACGUGGUAUCCAAAGGUCUUCAUGGCGGACAUGGACGAGAUGGCGUGGUUGGAGGUCGAGGGUUUCCGCGAUCGAGCGCUGUUCCUGGGGAAGGGGGGUUCGUUUUCGGUGUCGAACGCCGGGAGGAUUGGCCAGGGUAACCGCAUACAUUUUGCUCUGCAACGCUGGGGGUAUCCCACCGGGGAGGACAGGAGGUUCAUGGUGGUGUACAACAUGGACGGCAAGCAUGGGCAUGCUUCAUGGCUCCUCCAGUCGAGCUGGGCGAAGUUUUCUAUUCUGGAUACGAAUGACAUUGGUUGGGAAUCGUCGCAUUGGUUGCUUGCAUCAACCGGAGGUCUUUGA